AAACACAGACAGACUUCGAUCCGAUUGGCUUUCGAUUUGUCCAUCGCUGUGAUUUUGUGUGUGGAGGGAUUGUGGUCUUUUUGAAGGAAGCUGUGAGCGUGAUUAUAUUCAAAAACAUAGGAAAACACAGACAAUAGCAUAAAAAAUGAGGAAAAGUGAUGAAGAUAGUUCUACAAGCGCACCAACAUUUCGUAUAAUACGUGAGGUUUACGAAAGCACUAAUGCACAUGAACGCUUUGAAGCUGAACUGGACAAAGCGUUGGAGGCUAAGGUGGAUUAUAUAAUUAUCGAACCACCAAGGCUGGGUGAUGAAACAGAACGUUGGAUAACGGUUGGCAAUUGCUUACACAAAACGGCCGUAGUUUCAGGUGUUGCUUCGCUCAUAUCCAGUUUGCUAUGGCGGGAUCGGCCAGUGAUUGCAGCGCCCAUAUGUGCUAUUUCACUAUUCUGUACAGGUUUAUACACAGUAUCUUGGAAUUAUGAUCCAUGUUGUCAGUAUCAGGUAGAGAAAGAUGAUGAAAUUCUAAGCAAAUUACCACUCGGAGAUGUGUCUGCUCCUAUGAUACUAGGCUAUUCGCCUAAUAACAAAACCAAAUACAUGCAUCGCAGUGUCACUUUAUUAUCAGCAGCAUUCUGUGCAUGGCAAAUAUGGCGGUCAUACAAGUAGCUAAGCUUACCAACACCCAGCCAUAUAGUCUGAGUGAAGUUGCAUGCUUUUGUGAUUAGAUGAAAUGUAGAAUGUCAAUGCCACAGCAAUGUACUGCAGCUGCAGAUGUUUGUACAUUUAUCGUUUGUAUUGCAUGCAACCACGCCUCCACGCACUCGCGACCGUACCACAAUCACCACCAGUACCCAAAUAUCCACACACACACACAGCGAUGUAUUAGACUGCAUCGCCUGCAGCGAUAAUCGCUGCAUUAGCUCAGAGUGGAAUAGUAAAUACUUGGAAGUUGUUAAUGGAUAAACAUCCCAAUUAUUUUUUAUUUAAUGCAAUUAACAAACUUUUAUUUUGUAUUUCUUUUUUUUUACAAAUACUAAGAAUGAAGAUUAUAUAAGGCGUUAGUGUAAACAAAUGUGUGGAAAUAUUUCGGUUACAAAAUUCACGAUAGCAAAAGUUUACCUAAAGACGAUUGUUUGAAUACAAUGAAUAAAUACGAAUGUAAGGUGAAAUUUUAUUAAAUUAAUUGUACGUUUGAAUGUUUCGCUUAGCUAAAAGUUUAAGUAAAAAUGAACAAGAAACUAAAUUUGUGCAUUUUUUCAAUUUUAAUGUAAAUAGUUUAUUUGCUAUUUAAUAAAUAUACUAUGUAUUCGUUAAAGCGCCGCGACAUACUAUUACUUCAUUUCAUGACUGCAUUAUAUCCAAGUGUUGUUGCGUACAUGUCGUUCUAUAUCGGUCAUCUGCAUUGUUUCAAGCCUCUUUUGUAAAAGUAGUGGUGUUGCGUAGCAAUAAAACACAUUCGCAUUGAACAAAGUG